ACGAAAGUGAAUCUUUCUGGGUGGAACUUUGCAGCAGCGCUGGGUGGGAACUGGCCUGGGCUCUGGUGGCCAUGGCAAGCGGUGCCAGGCGGAGGAGGCUAGCCACACCUACCUCAGUUAACCCUGGCAUCUGUCCAUCCACCUUGAGCAUCGAUGGAAAGACUACUGCACAAGCUGCUAAGCCAGAAAGAACAAUUGUGGUCUAUGGUGUUCCAGAUGGCAUUCUAGACAAUGACAUAAUGGUGGACAUACUAAUGAUUCAUUUUCAAAAGGCAAAGAAUAAAGGUGGAGACGUGGAGGCCGUUGUCUAUCCUACAUCAUCCCAAGGAGUGGCAUACAUAACAUUUGAAGAUGAAAGAGUUGCAGAGAACGUUCUGAAAAAUGAACACCAACUGGAGGACAGGAGGCUGCAUAAGGGUUAUCUCUUGAAAGUGUCACUGUAUGGAGAAAGUGUUUUUACCUGUGUGACAUGCAUUCUCAGUUUGUCCAUUUUGAGAGAAAAAUGCAGUUUGGAAGAUCUGGUAGAAGACCUUAAGAAGAAUCUGCCGAAACUGAGUUUUGGGCCUUUAGACCUGAAUGGGAAGAUAAGAGUGCAGGGGCCAUUUUUGGCCAUCAAUGCACUUCAAAACAUGCUUUUACUAAAAAUAAAAUCUUCUAGUAAUGAACAAAACAUGAAUGUAAAAGAAAUAAUGCCAGAACAUAGGCCAAACUGUAGUCAAACAAAGUCUAGAUUAUCUUUGGAGCCAAGAAAUGAUUUAGUCCCAAACGCAAGUAGAGAGGAACUAAGUGUUACUCUUGAUACUGAUAUUUAUCACUAUAUGAAAAAAUUCAAAAACAAGUUCUAUGAAAAUACUCUAGAACAAUAUGGUAUUAUUAGUAAUGAAUCUUUAGGUGAUGAAAUUACUACCAUAUAUCUCAGAAACAACAACACAAAGCCAGGUCCCAGCCAGUUAGAACAUGCCAGAAAUAUAGUUGAAAGCUUGUCAGCAGAAUUGCAUAACUCUUUGCGCAAAACAACACUGCCACUGAAACGGUCCACCAAAACAGAGAAACAAAAAUGUGAGCAGGCAUGCAAGGUUGUCAGUACCCAGUACCCAAAUGUCCUGGUUACAUGGUACUCAACUCACAUAGAUAUUAUAGGAUCUUCUUCAGAUAUUUAUAAAUUUACACAGGAGGUGAAGAAAAUGACAGGGGAUUUCCAAAAAGAACCUUGGAGAUAGUCUUCAGCUAGUUUGUUAGAGGCCUGGCCUAGAUGUUAUGCCUGGUACAGGGCUACCUGUGUAUUUUUGUGUAUUUUUUCAUCCCUGUUCCGCACGUUGGUUGACAGAAACACAAAAAUAGGCUAGCUAUGACUGAAAAGGUGAGAAAGAACUUGAUCUGAGAGACAUUUUUUGUGGAAGUAUCCUAAUAGUUACACUUAACAUUACCUUGAAUAGAGUAUGAGUUACAGGCUUUAGCACAGAAAUGUUAAGAAAUUGUUAGGGGUAGUGAUGAAAGUGGUACAGUUUAUCACAGAAUAAAAAUCUUUUAAAAAUCAUGUAAUGUCCUUUUGUAAUUCUACAUUAGUAUAUCAGCAUUCUUUAACAAACUGAAUUACUUAUGAAGUAAUCUUGUUUGGUUAAAAGGAACAUAUUUUCAACAUAUUCUUGAGCAGCUGUGUGCUUUUUAGGCUGACAACUUUCAUGAUCCUGCUAUACACAAGAUAGUGUGGACAGCUAGAGACUUCUUUUUUACAAAAUACUAAUUCAGAUGAAAACUAAUUACUGUACAAGGAUGCAUGGAGAGAUAGAUAAACAAUGCCUUUAUAUAAUCUCUGUAUAUGUCAGUGCUGUACAGUGGAUUCAAAAUGUCUUGUUUUCUUGUAUUGUUUUUUCUGUAUGAAAAUAAAACUGGAAAUGUGUCACUGGUCCCGAAAGACAGGCCAAAAUAAAGCUGCUUUGGGCCAGUUUGGUAGCGUGCUGUUUAAAUGACGCAUGUGUCCUAAGAGGCUGGAAGCCGUGCCAAAGCCAUGUUCCAGUCCUAAGCAGCUUUGGCGCAGCUUCUGGCCUUUUAAGAUGUGUGUGUCAUUUAAACAGCAUACCACUAAAGUGACCUGAAACAGCUUUAUUUUGGCCGUUUAAAGUGUCUUGCUUUCUGAGACAGUAAAAAACACAACAAAAAACAGAUAGUAUAUGUUAUGUUAUCUAGUCUUGAAAAAUUGUUACUAGUUAUAAACAGCACGUCCAAAGAAAUCAAACUAUUGUACUGUAUGUUGCUUGUAAUACUGUCAUACCAAAUUUCAGUUUGGCUCAUAGCACCUUCUCUGUUGCUCACUCUGAAUAUGAUAACCACUGUAUACAAUACAAUAUUGAUUUUGUUGGA